UCAUGGAUGCAGCAGUAUCAUGAGAAGUACAACAAGGGCGACCGAUGGGAGCCUCUCCUUCACGCCGGUCUCUUCGUCUGGGGCAUUGGCUACCUUAACGACUACUUCGCUCACUUGCAGCACCUCAAGAAGAACAAGGGUGGCCCCGAGAUAGUUUGGGCUGAGUGAUCGGCGAAGAGCAGCAGCAGCAGAGCAGCAGCAGCAGCAGUGGUACUGACGGACGUGUUGAUCCCCAGGCCACGAGAAGAACUACAAGUAUCACUGAAGGAGCUGGAGGAUCAGCGUCUGCUCCAGCUGGACAUCCCGCGCGAGAGCAUGCUGCUAUACGGUUGUGAUCCUUACUCCCCUCUCAUAUGAAGCUUCGAUGACAUG